AUGACCCAUAUCCAUGCUAGACCUAGGGCCAAAGUCCAAACGAACUCGGAACUAGUUCUUCCAAAAAUAUUGGGAUUGUCACUGUUGUUAUUUACACUCCUAUAUAAGUACCCCCGAGCUGUUUCUAGCCCUAGAAGCCUCACAAUCCUCCUCUUCCAUCCAUGGGGGAACUGGGCAGAAUUGCCGCGUGAUCUCAUUCCUAUGAUUACAAAGCGUAUUAAAGUGAUCGAAGAUUACAUUGCUUUUGGUGCCGUUUGCACCUCAUGGCGAACUGCUGCCACUAAGGAUAAUUUUGAUGUGCUUUACCCCCAAGUUCCGUUGCUGAUGCUGGCGAUGGAGUAAUUUUACUCUCUUUACAAGGAAAAAGUUUCACGCAGAUUACUCCCAGAAGCUAGAGGGCGACUUUGUUUACCAUCAGAAGGGUGGCUAUUCACCAUGUCAACUAUCGGAGACUUUUACUUGUUGCAUCCUUUCUCCCGUCAACAAAUUCAACUUCCUUCAAGACAAUGCUUAAGGGAUUUCGAGGGUCUCUCCGCCUUUGAACCACAUGAAGAAGAGAGAUAUCGUUGCGUCGAUAAAGCUAUCUUAUCCGCCAAUCCUUCUCUUACAUCAGACUAUGUACUGGUGAUUUCCUAUUUUACAAAAUUUAAUCGUUUGGCUUUCUGGCGUCCUGGAGACCUCAAUUGGACUUGUAUUGACAACAGAAAAUUAUUCGGUGCAGUCACUAGUAUGAUAUAUUAUAAGGGACAAUUUUAUGCCGUCCUCUGGAUCGGUGAAGUCUGGGUUUUUGAUGUUGCAGGGCCUAGUAUUACUCAACCAAUUGUAAAGUCAGACUUGGUUGUUCAUCUUAGAGAUGGUAUCUUCAGAAACCCCGGGGUUCAGUUCUAUCUGGUUGAGUUAUACGACGCACUAUUACUUGUUAACCAAUUUGCCAAUGAAGACGAAGAUUUUUAUCAUACUUAUAAAUUUAAGGUAUUUGAACUAAAUUUAAUAAAACGUGAAUUGAGCGAGAUUAACAGUUUGGGAGAUUCAACGAUUUUUGUGGGCCGCAAUGGAGCAAGUGCUAUUGACUCUUCUAAGUUUACAGGAGUCAAGCCUAAUCACAUAUAUUUUACCGAUGACUGAGUUGAGGAAUAUCACUACGUAGAAGGUAGGUGGUGGUGGAAGAGAUAUGGGGGCUUACAAUCUUGAAGAUGGAAAAAUUGAAUAUUUCUAUCCUGGAUUAUCACUAAGUCGUAUUUGCCCGCCAAAUUGGGUCACACCGUCAUUCUCAUAAUGUGGUUUUACUCAUGUUCGCUUUUGAAUUGUAGUUUGGUUAUUUAUUAUUACUUCGGGAUUAUCAUUCUAUAGUUAAGUUAUCUAUUUAUUUUCCUUCAUUUUAAUCUUGUAAUCGUGUCUUGUUGAUGUAAUCUUGUAA